ACUGACUGCACAUUAAAACAGUACUUUUAAAGAAUAGCUUUUAGAGUGAUACUGCUAGCUGCAGUGGAUAUAUUGCCAAUAUGCUAUUGUUUUUUUCUAUUCAUAAAGAGUAAAAUGCAUGUAUUUCUCAAAAUUGCUGGAAUGCACCAUUUUUUCUCAUAUUGAUACAAAUAUAAUCCAUACAAAUACGAAUCAAAAGUGGAAAGCAUCCAUAUUGCACUGAUGUUGGGCUCACACACAACAAUGUGCUAUGAGAUUCACAUCAAACUCAAAAUCAGACUGUCGCUGCUGUGACUUGGGAUCUUUUUCGCUGUUGCCUUAGGCUGUCAAAAACAAAACAAAUUGAGGAAAAAAAAAACUCUGCAGAUUGGUCACUAGAGUCUGACUUAAUUGGAACCUUAUGUAUGGCAUGUGGAAUUCUGGGACUUUGGCAUGCUCCCAGGAAUCCUCAGAAUGUAGAGUUUCUUUCCCUCUCUACCUCUCCCUUGGUUUCCCUCUCACUCCAGCUCUAACUGUGUGUCUCCCCCCUCCUCCUCCUCUUUUUUUCUUUUUUUUUCCAGGGGUGUCUUACAUCAGCUCACAGUCCUGAGAGUUCGCCCUGAGAGAGGAGCUUGAGAGAAAGGAUUCUAGCACCCGCUCUCCGACACUGGCUGAACUGGAUUACGAACUUCUUGGGACAAAUGGUUUGAGAGAGGAAGCUCUUCAGAGAUAUGAAGACUUGGUGUCUGUUCGGGAUGAAGCGCCCAUGGAAAACCCAGCUUCCGCCUCUCUUUCUGCUUUAUCUGUUGGGAGCUGUGAGGACUCAAGUCAACCCAGGUGUGUGUCGGUACCCACUGGGCAUGUCUGGAGGGCUGAUCCAGGAUGAAGACAUCUCCGCCUCCAGCCAGUGGUCAGAAUCAACGGCAGCCAGAUAUGGCAGGCUGGACUUUGAGGAUGGAGAUGGUGCAUGGUGUCCUGAGAUCACAGUGGAACCGGACAGCCUAAAGGAGUUCCUGCAGAUCGACCUGCGCUCGCUGCACUUCAUCACGCUGGUGGGCACGCAGGGGCGGCACGCGGGCGGCAUGGGCAACGAGUUCGCCCAGAUGUACAAGAUCAAGUACAGCCGCGACGGGAGCCGCUGGAUCUCCUGGAGGAACAGACAGGGAAAGCAGGUGAUUGAGGGGAACAGAAAUGCGUAUGACAUUGUGCUGAAGGACCUGGAGCCCCCGAUCAUCGCUCGAUUCGUGCGCUUCAUGCCCGUCAUCGACCACUCCAUGAACGUCUGCAUGAGGGUGGAGCUUUAUGGCUGUGAAUGGCUGGAUGGCUUGGUGUCAUAUAAUGCCCCAGCUAGCCAGCACACGAUGCUUAACGACCUGCAAGUUUACCUCAAUGACUCUGUGUAUGAUGGAGCUGUAGGCUACAGCAUGACAGAGGGAUUGGGCCAGCUGACUGAUGGGCAAAGCGGUCUAGAUGAUUUCACCCUCAGCCACGUCUACAACGUGUGGCCUGGUUAUGACUACGUGGGCUGGACCAAUGAAAGCUUCCCCAAUGGUUAUGUGGAGAUCAUGUUUGAGUUUGACCGCACGCGCAACUUCACCACGAUGAAGGUUCACUGCAACAACAUGUUCAAGUGGCACGUGAAGACCUUCCAGAAGGUGACGUGUUACUUCCGCUCUUCCGAGUCCGACUGGGAGCCCUCGCCGGUGUCCUUCAGCCCCGUGAUGGACGACGUCAACCCCAGCGCCCGCUUCGUCACCGUCUCGCUCUACAACCACAUGGCCAGCGCCAUCAAAUGCCAGUACUACUUCUCUGACGUGUGGAUGAUGUUCAGUGAGAUCACCUUCCAGUCAGAUACUGCCAUGUACAAUACAACUCUGGCUCCUCCUAAGACUGGCCCACCCACUAGCACCCAACCAGGGGAUGACCCCACUCAUAAAGUAGAUGAUAGCAACACAAGGAUUCUCAUUGGCUGUCUGGUGGCCAUCAUCUUCAUCUUAGUGGUCAUCAUAGUUAUCAUUCUGUGGAGACAAGUUUGGCAAAAGAUGUUGGAGAAGGCCUCUCGGAGGAUGCUGGACGAUGAACUAACUGCUAGUCUGUCAAUACAGAGUGAGACGUUCACCUACAACAACAACAACGACCCCUCCUCCGCACCGAGCGAGCAGGAGUCCAACUCCACCUAUGAGCGCAUCUUUCCUAUGGGGCCCGACUACCAGGAGCCCUCUCGUCUCAUCCGCAAACUGCCAGAAUUUUCCCAGCCCACAGAGGAGGCUGCCUCUACCAGCACUGCGACAAAAUCCCCCCCGACCAACCCUUCCAGUCAGGACGGAGUGCCUCAUUACGCCGAGGCCGACAUCGUCAACCUACAGGGGGUAACCGGGGGCAACACCUAUGCUGUGCCUGCGUUGACGAUGGACCUGUUGUCAGGGAAGGAUGUGGCAGUGGAGGAGUUCCCACGCAAGCUGCUGACCUUCAAAGAGAAGCUGGGGGAGGGCCAGUUUGGAGAGGUCCAUCUGUGUGAGGCAGAGGGCAUGCAGGACUUCAUGGACGCGGACUUCUCAUUUGACAUCAGUGAAAAGCAGCCUGUACUGGUAGCUGUCAAGAUGCUGAGGGCAGAUGCCAAUAAAAAUGCCAGGAACGACUUCCUGAAAGAGAUAAAGAUCAUGUCAAGGUUGAAAGACCCCAACAUCAUUCGUCUGCUGGCCGUGUGCAUCUGCAGUGACCCGCUGUGCAUGAUCACAGAGUACAUGGAGAAUGGAGACCUCAAUCAAUUCCUGUCCCGUCAUGAACCAGAAGGCCAGAUUGCCUUGCUCAGCAACGCCCCCACUGUCAGUUACAGUAAUCUGCUGUACAUGGCCACUCAGAUCGCCUCAGGGAUGAAAUAUCUCUCCUCGCUCAAUUUCGUACAUCGCGAUCUGGCCACCCGCAACUGCCUUGUGGGCAAGAACUACACCAUCAAGAUUGCUGACUUCGGCAUGAGCCGGAACCUGUACAGCGGGGAUUACUAUCGUAUCCAGGGCCGAGCCGUGCUGCCUAUACGCUGGAUGUCCUGGGAGAGCAUCCUGCUGGGAAAGUUCACCACAGCCAGUGAUGUGUGGGCCUUUGGGGUGACGCUUUGGGAGACGCUGACCUUUUGCAAAGAGCAGCCUUACUCCCAGCUCUCCGAUGAGCAGGUGAUCGAGAACACCGGAGAGUUCUUCAGAGACCAAAAACGCCAGAUCUACUUACCACAACCAGCCAUGUGUCCAGAUCCACUCUACAAGCUCAUGUUGAGUUGCUGGCGCAGGAACACCAAGGAGCGUCCUUCUUUCCAGGAAAUCCAUUGCAUUCUUCUGGAAUGCCGGGUUUAGGUCUGGAAUGGAACACCAAUGAAUGCCACAACAGGCACAUCCAGAGACACUUUGUGUGCCCACAGGACUCCAAACAGCAAACAAUACCAGUGAACAGACACUGACAUGCAUACACAUACACACACAUACACAUACACAUACUCUCAGACAGACUCCCCUGUGUUUUACCUUUGGGUGGCAGUAGAAAGCCAAAUAUAGACAAACCAAAGAAAUGUAGCAUUUAGGCACUUUUUUGUCAAAUAAAGUCCAUAGUUUUUUUUACCCAUAGGUUCGUUGUCACUAAAGAUGUCCCCAAAAUAAUGUAUAAAGAAUACAAGAAAGAUAUAUACAUAGAAUGAUCUCAUGUUUUUCAAAUGUUUUCAUUUUGAAGACAGCUUGAAUGUAAAUAGUACAUGCAGUUCGAUGGGUAAUGUAGAAUUGUGUAGAGUGUAUUUUGACAAAUGUAAGAAUGUUUCUUUUGCAUAUUGUUAUCCAGUCAUAAGUUUUUUUGUGCACCAAAGUGCACCAUAGUACAACAGAGUUACACACCUUUUCCAUUAUUUAUGCAAACUUUUUUGUGAAAGGUCAAAAAUGGAAUCAGGCCACAUAUGCAUGCAAAUCACUUGUAUAUGCAUAAUUUAAAAGACUGGUGAUACUGUGUAAAUCGCCAACAAUGAUCAGUCAUAAAUGUCACCAAUCACCAAUACCACAGUGUUUACAAUUACAGUGUAUGUAAGUUAAUAUUUAUGUUCAUUGCCUCAAAACAGAGCUUAUAUGUUUGCCUAAUAAUCUCUUUCACAAACAUAUCCCACUGUUGCUUUACAUGGUGUCCCAAGA